AUGCAAUAAGAUGGAGAUUAUCAGAUGGAAUUGCAGUCAUCCUCUUCUAGAAGGAGGUAAAGAAGUUUGAACUCUUCCAAAUCUAAGAGAAGAGAUUUAAAGAGAUCUAAAAGUUGUAAAAAUUUUGAUCAAAUUUGUAAACACACCUUCACAUUUAGAUAAUUGUCUGAGGAAAUAAAUGGGCUACUACCAUUAGAAGUUACUAUUAAAAUGUGUCCCUAAAAAUAAAAGAUAUAUGAUGGAUCAACAGAAAAGCUUAACACUUUUCCUGUGAUAAUAAUUGAUGAAAAACCUCAUAUGCCUCUCUUUGUAAAUGAGUGUGAAAUAAAAGCCUAUAUGGAGCAUGAAGAAGAGUUGUUACAAAACUACGAAGAAAAGAGAAGAAUAUAAAUUAAGCCUUCAUUUGGAGAUCAUGCACCUAAAGAAUAAUUUUGUAGUGUCUGUAUGGUUAAAUAUGAAAAUUCUUAUUUGGAGCAUAUCCAAUCUGUAUAACACAAAAGCAAAUAUAGACAAAAUCAGUAUGCCAAAAUUAUUUGUGAUUUAGAAUUAGAAUGGAAAAAGUAAAAGCAAGAUUUAGAUCAUUCUUCAAAUGCUAAGAACAAUCAAAUGGAAGAUUUUGAAAACCUCAAAACUUUAGUUGAUUCUGAGUAGAGCAACUAGAUCAAGAAUGCAAAACUUUUUAAUGAGCCCUAAAAAAAUUUAUUUGAAGAUUAGGAAAAGAAUAUUGGAGAAAACAACUAAAAUAUUUGGAAUUUACAAUAAGUCAAUUUAAUCUAAUCAAACAAUAAGCUAUAGAAAUGCAAUACAGAUUAAAGCAAUAAAAAGAUUUUUAAUGAUCAAUCAUUUAACACUAAUAAACGAAUGGCAGGCAGUCUUUCCUAUGCUAAAUUUUAAAACCCAGUAAAUUCUGCAUUUAGAAAAUACAAUUUAUCUACCUAGCCAGAUGAGCAAUUUAUUGAUGAAAGUUAAUAGCUUAGACAAUAAUAGUUCACAUACCAAAGCAUAAAGAAUAUAUGUAAAACACUUAAAUUUGAAGAAAAAAAUAUGUAAAGUGAAAAAUUUGAAGAUGGAUCGAUGGCUAAAGAUAAUUGCAAAUAGAUAAAAUAAACAAAUAAGCAAUAAAAAGAAGAAUAAUAGAAAAAAGGAUUUUAAGUUAACAAAAGUUUCUUCAAGGAACAUCUGCUAUAUAAUCACUUAAAAUAAAAAUAAAUUGCAUUAGAAUUACAACAAAAACAAGAAGACAUGAAAGAAAAUAAUUUAAACUUUUGUUCAAAUUAAGAAAGUAUUCUUAAACUUGGCUAUGAAAACUAAGUUAGUUCAGAUAUGGAUUCGAACAGAAGUGCUAAAAAUAUUGAAACUAAAGGUUAAAGCAGCUCUGCUUAAAAAUUUGUAUAAAGAAAUAACUAACAUCAAAAAGACUCAUAGCUUUUAUAAAUAUCAAGAGCAUCUUCUUCAAGUUGCUCUAGAAAAAAUUAAUCUCACUCAAAAAGUUGUAAUGGGGGUUAUAAGUUUAGUUUUGAUGAAAUUUAAUCUUUUUAAGCCAAAGAAGCAGAAGGCUAAAUAUCAUAAUAAGAAUCGAAAUUACCAGAUACAAAAUAGAAAGAACAUAACUAUCAGCCAAUAUCCAAAAAUAAAAAAAGAAGUUUUUAAGAAUAUAAUUAUUAAAGAGGCAUGUAAAUGAGUUGUGAAGAAGAAAUAAGCAUAAAUAAAAAAUUUAAAAUAUUUGGGAUAGGCACAACUGAAAUAAAAUCCAUUUGGUAACAAUUCAAGGAUAUAUUUGCAUUACAGUUUACAGGAGUCAAAACAAAACAAAAUAAUUGA